CGUCGGCCGCGGGCAGCGGGUUUCGCGGGCGGUGGCGGCCACGGGCAACGGAUCUGCGGUGGGGCGGGCGCGGCCCAGGCGGAUCCGAAGGCUGUGGACGCGGCCGACGUUGCGGCCACGGGCGGCGGCCGCGGGCGGUGGUUUUCGUCACUGCGGCCGCCGCCGUGGCGUCACCGCGUCGGGCCAGGACUUCUUCGCCCAGGCGAAGCCGGUGGACGCGGCGAGCUGCACGGGGCCAUCGCGAACCGCCUCCUUGAAGCUGCUGGACACGGUCCCCCCGAGGAGAGCUCCUAGCGCGCCUCCCUCCCUGCCCGCCUCUGCGCCUCCAGCCCCGGCCGCUGCCCGCGCCCCUGAGGCCAGCAACUGCCUGAGCCAAGGCCGCGCCCCCCUGCUCCUCGCUCCCUGGCCGCUGCUCGCGGCCCCUGGUGACCGUCCCUCCCGGCAGGUUGGACAUGAGGAUCUGGAAAGAAAAAGAAACGACAUAAGGUAACUUCUCAAAAAGAACAGCAGAGAUAAAGAUCUUACUGUCAACAAUGGAAAUGCAGGCGAAGAUUACACCAAUUCCAGAGAUUCGUGCAACAAAAGAUGCAAUUACUAUCCAAUGCGAUGAUCUCAAGGAUCUGGGAGCACAGAGGUAAUAGUGAACAGAACACCAUCAAGCAUCUUGGCAUGGUUCUGAUCGAUCAGAAGGGACAUGCAAUCUACUCGGAAAUACCACCACAGUUGAUAAAUAAGUUUAAGCCAUAUAUGGAAGAAGGGAACAUCGUUUAUAUAAGCAAGCUAGGUGUGGAAAAGGCUAAACCAGGCUAUAGAGUCGUAGAUGGGCCUUACAUGUUAAAAUUUGGAAUCAGAACAGAGUCGAUACAUGCGGAUACUGAUGACACAACAUUUCCAAAGUAUGUAUUCUCCUUAACUCCAAUUGAACACCUAUCACAGUAUGUGGGAAGAACUGAUCGUUUCCUAGAUGUUAUUGGAAAGAUUGCAGCAGUAUCAAAUGCAGCAGUUGUGCGCAAUGCUUCUGGUGAUUUUACGAUGUGUAGAGUGAUAAAACUUGAAGACCAUAAGGGAAACUCAGUGGAUCUAUCGCUCCAAGGACAAAGAGCUCUUCAGUUUGAUGGUUCUGGGAACAAUAUUUUGGACUGCAAAGCCACGUGGAACUAGCUAUAAUUUAGACUACCAAUGUUAUAACUACAAGCACCAUUCUGGUAGCCUCAAAGUUAUAGACUCUCAAAAUGGUGAUCUUUUGCUUAGGGGGAUCUAAACUGAAAACCUCACUGUACUCCCCGCAAAAAAAAAAUGGCUGUUCCAGUCAUCUACCAUUGUCUGCUGCUAGCUGUUCCAAAGGGUCCUCACAUGAACAGUGUAGUGACUGUGUAGUUUAUAAUUCUUAGUAUUUUGUGUU